UGAGGGGUACAUAAUCCAGCUGUCGGGGUGACUGGAAUCCAUUGCUGCUGUGACAGAGGUCGGCUCCCUGCUUUGGGCGUUAGAUUGUGUUAGUAGUUUGGGGAUUUCAAGAACACCAUGUCGUCCAUUGCAAACACUGCGGCGGAGUACAUGCUCUCGGAUGCUUUGCUACACGACACCGGCCCCCCAAACAAGAAACGGCUUCGCCUAGAAUUACCCCUGGACCGAAUCAUUAAAUUGGUUUCCAUCGGACUCCCCCUUCUACUUGUCUCAUUAGCGUUCGCUCGAGAGAUUUCUAACGGGUCCCAGGUUAUCUGUUUUCCUCCCAGCAACUUUUCAGAGAAGCACGUUCAGUACGUGGACAAACACUGCUGGCAUUCACUGCGACAUCACGAUUUCACCGCUGGACGAAAUCCAGAAGUGCGAUCACUUUGGGUUCAUAAGGUGUACCCCUAUAUACUGCUGCUGGUUUCGGUCGCCAUGUACGUACCCGUCGCACUUUGGAAGUAUGUUUCGAGGUCUUUGUUGUACUCAGAUCUGUCUUUUAUUGUGGAUGAACUGGACAAAUCCUACAAUCGCUCCAUCAAGCUGGUCCAGCACUUAGUAAAAACCCACAGAACGUGCACAGACUCGCUGCUUUUCUGGGAGGAGCUUAAAAGCGCUCGUCACGUGAGAUAUUUUGAAUUCCCGCUGUUGGAGAGAUAUCUGACUUGCAAACAGAAAUCCCAUCAGCUGGUGUUUGCGUAUCUCCUGCGUAACAUACUCCUCCUUGUCAUCAUUCUCUUUACUUGUGCCUACCUGGCCAUCUUUCAUCUCACCGUCUUUUAUCAAGAUGAAUUCAACUGUCACAUCAAAGAAGGCUUUCUGAGAAGAGAGACCUCCAGCUCUGAAUUUGUAAACUGUAAAUUUGUAUCUUUGUCAAUAUUUCAAAUAAUCAGUGUCGCCAACGCUGUGGUGUACAUCUUACUGGUGCCGAUUAUAAUAUAUAAUAUGAGUAAACUCUGCUACUGGGAUAAACAGCUUCUAAAUGUAUACGAGAUGCUCCCCGCAUUUGACCUCCUUAGCAAGAAGAUGCUGGGGUGCCCCAUUAAUGAUUUGAACAUCAUUAUUGUCUUCCUUCGGGCCAAUAUUUCUGAACUCAAGUCCUUUAGCCGGUUAAGCGUUUUGUGUACGCUAAAAAACACAACAAAAAACAAUCAGAACAUCGAUACGGUGGUGGACUUCAUGACAUUACUGGUUGGCAUGGACAUCGAAAACGCCACCACGCAGAACAACCAAUUAUGUGAUGCCAACUCUGAUAUCAACCAAUCACAGACCUCAAAAAAGGAAUGUUAUGAAAUGGGUAAACUGCAAGAAAAGAAAUAGAAGAUUUAAAGAAACCUCUUACUCUAUCGGAGAAAGAACGUCCUUCCAAGAGAAUUCCUGGACGAGAUCAGUAUCUUCCACUUACACCCUUUUAAAUGGCUACACACAAUGAAAUUAUAUUUUUCUUCAAUCCUAUGAACAGGUGCCCUUAUGUAUGAUGAGAUAUUUAUUAAAACAUAUCAUGGUAUAGAACAGA